AUGGUCAAAUUUCUGAAUAAGAGUGUAAGCAGGCUUGUGUUUCUCUGUGGUGUUCUCUGGCACAGUAUGGAUUUGACAUCAUCACAACAUAAUCAUCCGCAUAAUGAAUGGAUAAGAAAAUUAGAAGGCCAAGAAGGGGAAAAAGAAGAUGAACAGAUAGUUGCAGAAAUCAUGAGACGGCGUUUUUUUCCUGCUGUUAUAACUCAUAAGGCCUGGGAAGGCUUUCAUUUUGCUGGCCAUGAGAUAAGAAUUACAGAAGCCACUGACUGUUACGGGGCAGUAGUCUGGCCAUCGGCUCUUGUUCUGUGUUAUUUUUUGGAAACUCAUUCUAAACAAUACAAUUUUGUUGACAAAAAUGUGAUUGAAAUUGGAGCUGGAACGGGGUUGGUCUCCAUAGUAGCCAGUCUACUUGGUGCACGUGUGACUGCCACUGAUUUGCCAGAACUAUUGGGAAACCUUCAGCACAAUGUUCUCCAAAAUACAAAAUUGAAAUGCAAGCACCAGCCUUGUGCUAAGGAAUUGUCUUGGGGAAUUGAUCUGGAAAAGAACUUUCCUAGAACUUCAUGUCACUUUGACUACAUUAUGGCUGCUGACGUAGUUUAUCACCAUCCCUUCUUAGAUGAACUCCUCCUAACUUUUGAUCACUUGUGCAAGAAUGACACUGUUAUUCUCUGGGCUAUGAAAUUUAGAUUGGACAAAGAGAACCAAUUUGUGGGCAGAUUUCAGGCAUUGUUUGACUUGGAAGUAAUUUUCAAUUUCCCUAGUUUAAACAUAACCUUGUAUAAAGCAAUGAGGAAAAACCAGAUGAAAAUCAGACACUCCAAACUGGCUGUCUGAAAGAGAGACACAUGAGGGUGACAGUUUCAGCUGUCAAUAGCUUUUUAACAAGUUCCAUGUUAGUAGCUGCUUAAACCAGCAUGAAUGGCAUUUCUAGAGACAGCUAAAACAAAGCAUCAGAUUUCUAGUAUAUUCCUAAAGAAUUCCUGAAUUCAAUUUGCUGAUAGUUUUAUACAUAGAAAUGUGUCUUUUAUGUGCAAAACUGACGACAUUAAUAACUUUCACAAGUCUUACUAUUAUCAUUAA